CCAAACUCCAAGGCCCCUGAGCAGCUAGCUUAAGACUCAGCUCCAGCACCCAACGCCAUCCCCAGCCCCUAGGAAGCAGAAUUGGCAGCAUGUUGGUCUUUGGAUUCUCCCAGCAGCCCGUAAUGUAUCUGGUGAGGAAACCAAGGCAUACGGGAGACAACGAUUCGGAUCGUCCUCAGUGUGUCCCCAGACGCAGUGCAUCUGCCAGGCUGUGUGUGAAGUGUCUCUGAGCGCGGCUCCUGUGGACAGCCUCUUCUGGAGAGACAGUGUGGGUGCGCUAUCUGGCUCCAGCAAGGAGCCCAGCUGGGCCUUGGGAAAGAGAAAAGGGUCCCAAGACAGACUCAGACCCGGACAGGGUCAGCCCCACCCAGAGGCCCCUUUUCAGAAGCUAGGCUCCCAGGAACGGUCACCCAAAUUGUCCAGUCGCUGCAGAGCCUCAGCCUCCAGGGGCAGGGACCUCCAGGAGAGUCUGUAAUGGUUUCCUCACGAUCACCCUUCUCAGGAUGGUGUGGGCAUCCACUGUUCAGGGAAAUCGGACUCUCCUGGCAUAGGGCCCAGUCUCCAUGGCAGCAGAGGAUUUAUUACCAGGCCUCCACCCAGCCUAGUGGACUUUCGACUCCAAGCUGGAGUAGAGAGAACCAAACACAGUUCCAGGAGCAAGGGGUGCCUGAGGAUGAGUACAAGGAGUGCUUCUCCCUGUAUGACAAGCAGCAAAGAGGGAAGAUUAAGGCCACAGAUCUUCUGGUGUCCAUGAGGUGCCUGGGGGCCAGCCCCACGCCUGGGGAAGUGCAGCGGCACCUGCAGACUCAUGGGAUAGACAAGAACGGAGAGUUGGAUUUCUCCACCUUCCUGACCAUUAUGCACAUGCAAAUCAAGCAAGAGGACCCAAAGAAAGAAAUCCUUCUGGCCAUGCUGAUGGCAGACAAGGAAAAGAAAGGUUACAUCAUGGCGUCCGAGCUGCGGUCGAAACUCAUGAAACUGGGAGAGAAGCUCUCUCACAAGGAAGUGGAUGAUCUUUUCAAGGAAGUGGGCAUCGAACCAAACGGCCAAGUGAAAUAUGACACGUUUAUCCAGAGGAUCACCCUUCCUGUGCGAGACUACUGAGGGAGCUGAGAUCAAGGGAGCAGAGGAUGAGAGCCUCUGGGGCCGGAAAACCAAGACGAUUCCUUUUUGUAAGGGAGGUCUAGAGAUGGCAAACAUAGCAGUAAGAACCGUGGCACAACCACUGCAUGGCAUAAGCACCAAUAAACGAUGGAGCCGCGGCACUGGAUACCUGUAAUAAGGUCUGUCUUGAUUUCGGUACUAACAUUAAUUAGUCUAGCCCUUUGCAGCAUGGAAGGGGCCUAUGAUUUGUAGUCAGGGGUGUGCGCCAGUGCUGGCUCUGCAAUGUCAUCCCCCUCACCCACUGUACUUCUCAAAGCCUUUGGACUUCAUAGGGAUGAAGAUUAUGACUGAAAAUAAAUGGUUGGCAACUUGA